CAAAAACGGCGAACAGUGAAGUCCGCAGAAUCGAUUGACAACGUGGUCGAAAUUUUUAGGGCUGGUUCCCAUCUUCAAAUUAAGAAGCAGUUUUUGAAGUUUGAAUCAAGUAUUUUAAUUUUUAGUUACGGAGUACCAAUAAGUAUUGGAAAUCGAUCGUCAUGGCGAGUUCUUACUCGCCAUUGUCUUCAAUACUGAAGUCCUCGUCAUUGAACAUGUCAAAUAAGAAACUGGCCCAACCAUUGCAAGUCAGAUUUGAUUCGCUUGUUACCAUCGACGUGGUUUCUAUCCUGAAGGAUUAUAUAGAAGGACGAAGUGAUGUGAAAUACUCUCAAUUGCUUAAUCUAAAAAAUGAUCCCCAUGUUAAUGAUGCAUUUUUACUUCUGAUUCUUCAACAAGUCAACAAUGCUAUUAGUCUUCUUGUUCCUAAAGUUGAACAGUUUGUCUAUGCUCUGCUAAAUAUAUCAUGGACCUCAAGACCACCAGCAGUACUUGAUGAAUAUUUAAGUUUUGUCCAGACUCUGGUCUCAGCACACACAUACUACUGCAAACCAGUAGUUAAGAUGCUAGUCUCAAAUCUGACAUUGAAUCCAGACACUGAAUUGGCUACUAGGCAUGCUCAUGAUCUCUUGAGAAGAAUUCUUGAGCUCAUACCUUUGUCCCAAAGGAUUGUACUGGAUUCCUUAAACGAUUGUUUUCCUUACAUUGGUUCAGGAUGUACUGAACAAGUCAAUUACGUCAGGAAUCUUCUAAUGUUUGCUGAGUACCAUGUAACUGCUAGAUCCUACAUUUUAAACAUUAUCACUGGAAGAAUGAUUAAAUUGGACAGCAGAGUUCCAAUAGAAGACCUCCUGAAAUCAUUUGGUCUUACAAUUAAUCUUGAUAAUUCUGUCAAUAAUCAAGCAGUUCAAACACUUGAUGAAAUGAUGAAAGUUAUGUUUGAACUGUGCAAUGCAAAAUGCCGAAGUGACUGGGAUGUCCAUCGAAGUUUCUAUUACGAUAUGUACGCUGCAUUUGAAUCCUUGAUCCUUCCUGCAGUUGGCAUCCAUCACGUUCACUAUUUGAUGUUCUACAUCUGCAGCACCAAGCCUAUUCUUUAUGAAACUUAUAUCGAACGUCUAUGGACCAUGUUCCAAAAUCCUUCAUCUCCGUUGAACAUUCGCAAAUCUUCUGCUGAUUAUCUUGCUUCGUUUCUAGGAAAAGCUGCAUUUGUGCCUAUGAAGGUCGUAAACUUUUGCUUAGAGCGAGUUUGUAAAUGGAUCCAUGCAUACCUCGACCGACAGGUAAAGGGUGAAGGAAUAGCUGUUUUCAAGAUCCGCGCGCAUGCUGCAUUUUAUGCCGCUUGCCAUAUUCCCUUCUACGUUGUAGCUGCCAGACAUCAUGACUAUCUCGGCAACAAAAAACUUCUUACCGAAUUGCAGGCGUUGGAUUUAACACGGAUUGUCAGCUCAUCUUUAAACCCAUUACGCUAUUGUCACGCUACUACCGUGAGACAAUUUGCUGAAUCCGCUUCACACCUACAGGUUGUUUUCUGUCACACAAUCAUGAUUCGGAACCAGAGGGUAUGUUUACCCGAGGCAACUACCGAUACAUUUGUCAUGGAAACUGAGUAUCCGUUCGAGAAAUACCUGUUGCCCAUGUCGAUGAAUUUCGUUUCAUCUCUGGUUAUUGAUAAGCCUAUCGGACGGGACGACUCACUCUACGAUAGCGACCAGGUCAUGGAGGAGCUUUUAUCGGAGUCGCCGAGAGUAGGUGGAUUCAUGCACCAUUUUCUGGGUUGAAUUCAUCAACACCAUCGCCCGUAAACAUCAUGUUUUGUUUUUUUUCAUUUUUCUUUAUUUUCUAAAAAUUUCUACAUUUUCUUUAUCAUCAUCUGACCGUCUUGUUUUCCAUUCGUGUCGGUUAAAUUUUGUACAUUUAACGUUAAUAUCGUACGUUUUCACUCGCGCGUGCCUCGUGGAAAUGAAGACCGUUGAAAUUAACAUUUGUCAUUUGGGUUUCGGUCUUCGGAUUAGUAAGCUGUUAUAAUAUAAAAUAACUUAAAGAGAGCUGACCAUCGCUGUGGUUUCUCUUCGUAACAUCAUCGUGUUAAAGUUUCUUUCCUCUCGUUCGUAUUGGGCAGUUUAGGACAUGUGUUGUAACACCCCUUUGAUUAAUAGUUUGUUGAAAUUCCUUUGAGUGUACUCUUGAUUACUGCGAUGCUAUUUGCUUUCCCUUCGAUUUCAUCUUCUAUUCCUACAUUUAUCGAUUUUGUCCCGCCAUUGUGUCAUAAGAAUAAAUUUGGUGUACUGAUGAGACAAAAA